GUCACCACUGAAGAGUGCCUGAUGAACCCUGUGGGCAUGAGCCGCUACGGAGUGGACUCCUCCGCCUCUACCUUUAACCGAAGGGGCUCCUUGUCCUCUUCCUCCUCGCUGUACUUCAAGAGACAGAACUCUGGAGAUGGCCAUCUUGGGGGAGGCCCUCCCACCACCGCUGGUGGUCCCCGCACCAGCCCCAUGUCCUCUGGAGGCCCCUUGGCACCUGGGCUGAGGUCCCCAACCACCAGCCCCAAGAGAAACAGGACCUCCCUUGAUGGACACAGAUGCGCCUCAAGCCCUUCUGCAGAUGGGCAGGAUACCAGGCGGCUGAGGAGCAGGAACCCCUGCACCUGGACCGUGGAGGACGUGGUCUGGUUCGUGAAAGACGCUGACCCGCAGGCUCUGGGGCCUCACGUGGAGCUCUUCAGAAAGCAUGAGAUCGAUGGCAAUGCUCUGUUGUUGCUGAAGAGUGACAUGAUCAUGAAGUACCUGGGCCUGAAGCUGGGACCCGCACUGAAACUCUGCUACCACAUUGAUAGACUGAAGCAAGCCAAGUUCUAAAGGUUUUUGAAAGAUAGAAGCAAAACCCAAGAUGACGGAUCUCAAGGUCAUCGUCUGCCUUACCAACAUCACGAAAUAGGUUGUCCUCUUAAAAUUAACAGCCACAGAGACUUGUUCUUUUUAUAAAACGUGUACAUUUUUGCCUUUUAAAAAAUUCAACAUGGCCCUUUUGGAAAGGCUCGUCUAUGUUAAUGAUUUGCCAAAAAAUUUCAAAAAAGCCUAUUAUUUUUAACAUUCCUGAUAUGUUGGUUGCUGUUAGAGUAGGUUCUGUUUGUGUAAUGAGAGAGUGGGGAACCGAAUGCUGUCACCCAAGGAGAGCCCUGGAGGGUUCAAAGGAUGCGAGAAGGACCUUGGUCCCCGCGCCUCUGUGGGAACGCUCACUGUAGCACCACCUGCCUCUGACUUUGACCUGGAGCCCUAUCAGUGUGAGCCUUGCUUGGUUUGGCUCUGGCAGCUGUCUUCUGAGGAUGACUGCCUCAUCUUGCACUAUCUGGAAAACUUGAAUUCACUUGCGCUCUGAAAGAGAGGGGAAAAAAGAUGUUUUGUUUCUAGUUAUCUGAAGUACUGUGUUGCCCCACUAGAGGGCAGACUGUUAAUGAAAUUUCAGGACCCUCA